AAUGAACUGGUACAAACUGCAGCGCUUCGAGAAGGUCUUUAACUUCACCUCUGCCAAAGUGGUGACCAGGAAAGGAAUCAAUUUUGUGCUUGUGAACAGUGUGGCUCUACACGGGGACAAGUGUUCGAUCUGUACCAAAGUAGAGACAGAACUUCACCGACUCUCCACAGCCUUGAAAUGUUCCCAACAGCUGGAUCCUGACUCCGGCCAGAACUGCAGUGAGAAGGAGAGCUUUCCUGCCUCUGCCCCUGUCCUGUUGCAGCAUUACCCUCUGUAUCGGGCCAGCGAUGCCGGGUGUACGGGGGAGGAUUCUGCGCCCCCAGAGGAAAAGGACCUGCUCUUCAGAGAGAGAUACGAUGUCCUGUCACAGGAAGCGUCCAGUAAGCUGUUGGAGUGGUUCGGCCCUCGGCUGAUUCUCAGUGGCCACACGCACAGCGGCUGUCUGGUUCUGCACGAGGAGGGUCGUGUUCCGGAGAUCACCCUCCCCUCCUUCAGCUGGAGAAACCGCAACAACCCCAGCUUCCUCCUGGCCACCUUGACAGCAAAGGACUUUGCAUUCUCCAAGUGUUUCCUACCCAAGGAGAGCACGGUGAUAAGUGUGUACCUGACCGCGGGGAUCUUCCUGCUCAACCUCCUGCUCUGCCGCCUCCGCCUGUGGCAUCGUGUCCUGGGCUGUGCCCACCACUGGCUCAGCACACGUGUGGGGUGAGGGGGAGCCUGACCUGUGGACACA